CACUUCGCUGCUUCCCACUCCUCCUCCCCAUCACUGCCAAGUACUUUCAAAGCUUGACUAAAAGCUUAUCCUCCUAUCCCUUUCCAUCCCAACGCCUUCCUUCCGGGAAGCACGACAAUCAUGGGCUACGACCAAGCAGGCAUAACGCGCUCGCUCAACGCGAUCCAAAACGAGCUGCAAUAUCUAGCGUCCCAGGGCGUUCUUGCACCGCCGCAGCAGCAGUCCAUAUUAGCGCAGCUCCCGCGGCCAGACGGACAGCCCGCGCAGUAUAUCGACCCGCGGUAUGCGGGCGAGAAUCAGUUGUUCAAUCCGGCGUUGAUUGCGCAGCAGGCGCAGGAUCCGAAUAAUCCUGCGCAUCCGCAAAAUCCCAAGCAUCACGAGUGGGCGGGGAAGCUGGCACAUAAGUUUGGGAAUGCGGCGGUGUAUGGGGCGGGGGCCACGUUUGGGGCGGAUCUGGUGAAUGAUGUUAUGCGGAAGUUCUAGGGGGUUGUGUGGUGCAAGAUGCAGUUUUGAACAUGAGGGCGAAGACCCGCUGCGGAAGGUGUGGGUAUAGUCUGGAGAUCUGGAAUCAAGUGUAGGAAAGCAAUCAAGGACAAGUCAAAUGCGC